AUGCCUGAGAAAAAAAACAAAAAGGAUGAAUACGGAGCUGAAAGUAUUCAGGUUCUAGAAAAUAUUGAAGCAGUUCGGAAAAGGCCUGGAAUGUAUAUCGGUUCUACUGAUGAGCAAGUUGAUGAGGCGGUUGCGGGUUAUUGUCAAAAGAUUUGGGUUACCCUUUCUGCUGAUCAAACUACUAUUACUAUUAAGGAUGAUGGACGGGGUAUUCCAAUUGAAAUCCAUCCCAAAACUAAAAUAAGUGUUUUAAGGACCAUUUUUGAAGUUCUCCAUUCAGGAGGAAAAUUUGAUAACAAAGCUUAUAAGACUUCUGGUGGGCUUCACGGAGUGGGAGUAACGGUAGUUAAUGCUCUUUCUAGAUUCUUACGAGUGGAAAGUAGUAGGGAAGGAAAAACGGAAACAUUAGUUUAUGAAAGAGGAAAAUUAAUCUCUUCACAAAUAGUUAAUACUGCUGGACGAAACAAUGGGGUAUUAGUUGAGUUUACUCCCGACCCUGAAAUUUUUAAAGAAUUCACCUACUUUAAAGUUGAGAUUAUUCAAAGGCGUUUAAAAGAGGUAGCCUAUUUAAAUCCUAAUCUUACCUUAUAUUUUGCUACUUCUCCUACUGUUGAACCAAUUGUUUAUCAUUUUACUGGUGGUUUGAAGAGUUGGAUAGAAGAAAUUCACACUGGCAAAGCAACGUUGGGAGAAGUUUUUUAUGGAGCAGUAGUCGAGGAAAAGAAUUCUGAAUAUUUCCAAUUAAGUUUUGCUUUUCAAUAUAAUGACAGUUAUGACAAAAAUAGUACUCGUUCUUUCUGUAACAAUAUUCGUACUGGCGGGGGUGGUUCGCAUGUUAGUGGUUUUGAAAGCGGACUUUUUGAGGUUUGCAAAGAAUUAGUUAUUAAAGACAAUCCUAAUUUAGAUAUUGAAUUGAUGGAUGUUUUGGUAGGUUUGACCUCGAUUGUUUCGGUGCGUAUUAAAGAUCCUGAGUUUGCUGGCCAAACUAAAGAUCGACUAGCUAACCGGGAAGUCCGGGAAAAAACUAAAAGAGUUACUCAAGAGUUAGUAAGUGGUUUUUUUCAAGAUAAUGCCGCCACUGCUAAACUUAUUAAAGAGAAAAUUAUUGAUAAUGCUAAACUUCGUUUACAUUUAAAGGAGGAGCAAGAUAUUUUUCAAGGAGGGAAAAAAUCUCUUGAUUUAAUAAAAGUAUUAUCUAGUUCAGAGGAGAAUGAGGAGAUAUUUUUCGUAGAGGGUAAAUCAGCUGGUGGUAGUGCGGAAGAAGGUCGGGAUGUAAAAACUCAAACUGUCCUAGCGUUGCAAGGAAAGCCUCCGAAUGCUUUAAAGUUAGUUCGUCGAGUUCUCCAAAAUAAGCAAAUUCAUAAUAUUUUACUUGCUCUUGGUUUCGCUGAUUCUAAAGGACUUUUAAAGAAUAAUUACAUUCGCUUUCGUCCUCGAAUAGAAAGACAAUUAUUAGACGAGGAAAUAGUUUUACCGGAAGAAUUUGUUUACGAAGAAGAAGGAGAAAAAAAAGUAGUUCCGGCCGACAUCCCGCUUAAUUUAGAGCAGUUAACUGUUGUUGUUCGCGAAACUUUAAAGGAUUUAUUAGGUAAAUCCAAUUUCAAGAAAAUUAUUUUGAUGGCUGACCCGGAUGAUGAUGGAGCCCACAUUGUAGUAUUAUUAAUGACUUUUAUUUUCCGCUAUCUACCUUACUUAAUUGAAGGAGGAAAAGUAUUUGUGGCAGUACCACCUUUUUAUCGAGUACAGUCCAAAAAGCAAGUCCAUUACUUUUAUGAUGAUCGGGAGUUAGAAGUUUAUCGCCAAAAUAAUCCUCGCGAGGAGCGAAAGAUUGAGCGAAUCAAAGGAUGUGAGCGGAUAAUUCAGGAGUUGAUGGGAACCAAGAGUGAUAAGCGGAAAGAGUAUUUAGAGAGAAGAGAUUAUCGUGAAGCGCCUUUAACUAUUAGCGAAGACAAAAAAAUUAAUUUAAUUAAUUUACUUCUAGUUAACCUCCUUCGCUAUGCUUACGCGGUGGUAGAGGACCGGGCAUUACCAAACGUUCACGACGGUUUGAAACCAGUUCAACGCCGGAUUCUUUUUGCUUUUUAUCAAAUGGGAAUCAUGCCUAGCAAAUCAGAAGUUACUUCAGCUAACAUAGUGGUUUAUGGACGGGGUAACUUUGGUUAUGACAAAAAUCCCCCCGCUGCGAUGCGUUAUACUAAGAACAAUUACGAUGAUACUAAAGGAAAGGAGGAACCAGUUAUUUUGCCUACUACCCUUCCAAAUUUAUUAUUGAAUGGUUCUAGUGGUAUUGCGGUGGGAAUGACAGCUAAUAUCCCCCCUCACCAUUUAGGAGGAACUUUGACAGCAACUAUCAACCUAAUUCGUAGUCCAGAAUUAAUUUCUUUUCAAGGGUUUCAAGAAGAACUUCGUCUUAAAGAUCAACAAAUUACUGUAAUCGAUUCUAAGAGGGAAGGUGAAAUGGAUGUUAAUGCUAAGCAAUUAAUUGAGGAACAUUAUAACCAACUAAUCGAAGAAAGGAAAGAGAUUGAAGAGAAUUUUUCCCAAUUAAAGAAGAAAAUUAACCAAGCAUUAGUUAAUGAUUUACAAGGUCCUGAUUUUCCUACUGGUGGUUAUGUUUUAGAAAAAGAGAAAUUGCCUAGUAUUUACGAAAAGGGAGAGGGAACGAUUUAUUUGCGAGCUAAAGUGCAAAUUUUUUCUCCCCAAGAGUCAACUUUAGUGGCGCAAAUUGCAGAGAUAAUUAAAGAUAAGAGAAUUUCUGGUUUAAAGAAAAUCGUUGAUUAUUCUAACCGAGGAGUUACAGAUAUUCGUCUUGAAUUUGAUUCCCAGCAGCAUGAUGGACAAAUAAUUCUUAAUAAAUUGUAUAAGAGUACUCAAUUGCAAAUUAACUUUUCUGUUAAAAUGCGAGCCUUAGUCGGAGAUAAUCCGCGAGUUUUUUCUUUGACUGAAAUUCUACAAGCUUUCAUUAGCAAUCGUUUAGAAAAUAUUCGUCGUAAGUCUCAAUUUCUUUUAAAGGAAAAUGAAAAAGAAUUAGUUAAUUUAAACACCCGAAUUUUUAUUAUCAAUAAUUAUCAAGAAAUUGCAGAGAUAAUUAAAGGUUAUCCGACCGAAGAAGAACGUCACGGACAGUUAGAACAAAGGUUUGUCGAAAUUAAGCAAGGAAAGAUUAAGAUUGAAAACAUUUUAAGCAUGUCGAUUAGUUUCCGUCAAUUUACUCCGGAAAAGCAAGUUGAUUUAGUCCAGGGAAUAAUUAAAUUAAAGGGUGAAAAUGAGGAGUUGGGCCAGUUAAUUACUAGCGAAGAAAAACGAAAAGAAAAGUUAAUUGCUGAUUUAGAGCAAUUGAAAAAAGAUUAUGAAAAGGAUGAACGUCGCACUCAAAUUAUUUCUGAUUCCCACUUGAUUGAUGAAAGAAAAGCAAUUACUCCGGAAGAAAUAAUUGUUAUUCUUAGUCAAGGCGAGAAAAACUCUAAAUCAGAAACAAGCGCAAAAGAAGUUAAGUUAGCCAGUUAUUUAAAUAUUUAUAAAAUUAAUACUUUAGAUGCUACUAAUGUUCCGAGCGUAGGAAAAGAGUUAAAAACUCGUGGAGAAAACUUGGCUAUUAUUAAAUCUAAUCGGCGAGAUGAUUUAUGA